UUCCUGACUAAGUUUGUGAGCAGAUAUCUCAACCAAGUACCUCAAUUGUUGAAUGUGUACCAAGGGAAACUGGAUUUUCAGGAUGUAUGAUCUUGGUGACACAGUUCUAGGGUCAUUCUGUUGAAUCCAGAGCUGAGUCUGAGCAGAGAAGGCGCUGGAAAACAAGGUGGUCCCGAAGCCGCCGGACGACGUGGUGGGAGUUCCGAAGAAUGGAGUGGAACUGGGAGUGAAGAAGGACGGGGUCGUCGACGGAGUGCCGAAGGCUGCAGCCUGGAGUAGUGCAUUAAUGUUUGAGUCUCUCCUGAGUUCUAAGUCUAUUUGCAGAGCGAUCGGUCUCCACUUUGCGUAGUUUUGUCACAGGCAGCAAAUGGGUAUGCUGAAUUUCUUGCCUUCUUAGAUAGGUUCGUGGCAACUACUUUAUAUAAAGGAAACACGACAAUGUGUACUUGUGAAAGAAGGUCGUCAUGGGCCACCUCCAAUGGAGGAGCAGAGCCCAAAUUUUGGCCCAAAAUUUCAAUUAAAUAGAAGGGUUUGGAAAUUCGGGAUUGGCCGUCUCCUUGCUCUCAAAACAAAACAGUAGAGUAUGGCACCCCACUCAAUUUUCAGCAAGAGCCUCAGAUUUUGUCGUGUGUUUUACAGAAAUGGGCACCCAGUCGGGGGAAUGGCUUCGCAUUUUGGUCCUCAAAAGCAGUUGUUUUGUACAAGACUCACCGGCAGGUCCGAAAUCCCAGCCGGCCAAGAUGAUUCUACAGUCUCUUACCUGGUUAACUCGUGUGGGUUGUCCCCAGAAUCCGCUACUCUAGUAUCCCACACGGUAAAGCUUCAAUCUUUAGAGAAAUCAGACUCCGUUUUAGCGCUUUUGAAACACUAUGAAUUCUCAGAGGCCCAGAUUUCAAAGGUUGUGCAGAGACUCCCACAUAUUCUCUUGGCCGAUGUGGAGCAAACCCUUUUGCCAAACCUCGAGUUUUACUGCUCCAUAGGAAUGUCAAGGCUCCACCUUGCAAGAACACUGAGCUACAACCCAUGGCUCAUGAGUCUAAGCUUGAAAAACGAUAUUGUACCAACUUAUAGCUUCUUCAAGAGCGUGGUGCUCUCUGAUGUCAAAGUGAUCCAUAUUUUGAAGCACAAGUCCUGGAUUUUCAGGGAAAAUUUAUCCAAGAAUCUGAUACCCAAUAUUGAGCUUGUGAGAGAAUUGGGCAUUCCUCAGUCCUGUAUUGCCCUCUUGCUGACUAGUUAUACUGAUGUAGUGAUGAAAAAGCCUGAAUUGUUCAGUCAACUUGUGCAUCAAGUCACAGAAAUGGGAUUUGACCCUCAAAAUUUGAGCUUUGUGCAGGCCAUACACGCAUUAUAUGGGAAAGAGACGACAUGGAAACGAUGUCAAGAGGUUUAUAGGAGGUGGGGUUGGUCUGAGAAUCAUAUACGUUCUGCUUUCAGGGUGUCUCCACUGUGUAUGGUUAUGUCAGAGAAGAAACUAAUGGCAACAAUGGAUUUCUUAGUGAACAAGAUGGGGUGGCAGUCACAAACAAUUGCGAAAUAUCCCCAUGUUUUGAGUUACAGCUUGCAGAAGAGAUUCAUCCCGAGGUUUUCAGUUGUUCGAGUUUUGUUUUUGAAAGGAUUGAUAGAAGAGGAGAACUUGAGUUUGGCUACUGGGAUUUCAAAGUCAGAGAAGUACUUCUUGGAUAGGUUUGUGAACAGAUAUCUCAGCCAAGUACCUCAAUUGUUGGAUGUGUACCGUGGAAAAGUAGAUAUCCAGGAUGUGUUGUAAUUUCUGAUGGAUGAUAUAGCUGAAUUGCAAAAUAUCCCCAUAAUUGGUGUUUUAGCUUGGAGAGGAGAA